GUACUGAUCCUUACUCUAUAUGCGCUAUAAAAGCCCAUGCCGCGACAAUCAACUCCUAACGCCCCGCCUGGAAUCACCAUGAAUUGUGGAACUGUUAGUUUGUGGCACGUUAUUUCAUUCAUCUCAUUUAUCUGUGCAACGGAAGGCAAGACAAUCGUUUAUCCGAGGAUGCUGCAAAGCAGGUCUGACGAUGGUGUAAAGAUGUUGAAGAUCAAUGACGACAUUACGCUAAACCUGCGAAAAAGCUCUGUGUUUUCUGAAGAAUUUCUCAUCCACACAACUAAGGAUGGAGAACCAAUUGCUUAUCACAUGCUCGGUGCAGAAAUGGAGAAAAAUAUAUAUGACGACAGUGACCAGAUGGCAGCUGUACACGUCACUGAAGAGGAUGGUUUGAGCGUAGUAAGUACAGUCUCGGAGAACUUCAAGUUGCCCUUUGAGCUGAACACCGACGCUUCUUAUUAUGGCACAGGUGCAGUGCUUUACCAAAGAGGUGCCGACUGUCCGCGGGGCCGGCAACAGAGGGUCGUCGGAUACUAUUCGUACACCUUCUCGAAAGCGCAACUUAACUACACGACUACAGAGAAAGAAGCCUUGGCAGUCCUAAUGGCCGUACGCUAUUUUAGACCUUACCUGGAUGGCAGGAGCUUCACGCUCUUCACGGAUCAUCAAGCCUUGACUUACAUCCUUAACCUCGCAGAGCCUAGAGGAAAGAUCGCUAGGUGGGUGGCCGAACUCCAGCCGUUUACAUUCGUGGUCCAUCACAGGCCUGGGGAGCACCUAAAGGAUGCAGAUGCACUUUCGAGACUUGCGGUCAUUCCUGAUCAAGAAAACAUCAACGCAAACCUGUUGUGGGAGGGAACUGAAGAACUCCAGUUCCUCAACGGAAAGUUCGCAGUCCCCGAAACAAUGGUGCCUCGAAUCUUGGAACUUUAUCACGACUCCCCGCACUCAGGCGGACACGAUGGCUUUUGGAGGACUUAUCGCAAGAUCCAUCAACGUUUCCAGUGGAAACACAUGAAAGAUGACGUCCAGCGUCUCGGCUGUGCACACGAUGGAGAUGGUGCUGAGAGAUGGCCUUACGGGCACAUUGGGUCCAAAGAUUGCGACUGGAAUACUGGCUACAUGAUGAGUUACAAGUUUAAAAAGCCUUACAUGUACAAAUUUUCUCCCUGCUGCCAGCGAGAAGUUACGAAUUUUUACAACCGCCCAGAAUAUCAGUGUCUUCUUGUGAGAAACAGCAUAAAAACUGGAAUAUUCUCAACCAGACUACCUGGCAGUGCCUCAAGUCGGCAAGUUUACUGCGAAAAAGUGUACUAUGAAUACACCUACGUUAGGGUCGAUAGGUCUUACAAGGAUCGAGUGUGCAUGGUGAAGUGCAUUGUAAGCAGAGAAGGGGAAAGCUGGUAUAUUUCGGCUGUCGAUGGCGUAAAAUGCGGCCGUGGAAAGAUCUGUGUUCUUGGAAAUUGUACUUCCAAAGCAGAGUUGAAGAAGGCCGAAUGAAGUAACGAAGAACCAAAUAUUCGAUCACGUAUUAUGAAGGUCUAUCGCAUUAAAAACAAAAGUACCAAACAAA